UUGACAAGUUCGUCCCUUGGACGGGAGAUAACCUCGCGGAAGGACAGACUUCGGCUGGCUGCUCGCUGUCCAGCAUCCACCCUGGGAAAGAUGUCGUUGAUCGAGGGAGUGGGCGAUGAGGUCACGGAUUUCUUCAUCGUCAUGACCGUACUGCUGGUAGGCUGGCUCGCCUGGUGCUCGACAAGCAUAGCGGACCAGCCGCUGAUACGUACGGUACUUAUACUGCGCGACCGGGUGCCAACGCGCAUCACGUCGUUGCGGGCUCAACCUACGGCGAGCAGCCUCAACGUCCGGGACGCUGAUCGGCCGCAGGGCUCGGAAACGUCGGAGGAGGAGGCACCGGAGACAAUUUCGAAUAGUGGCGAUAGCGUACAGUCAGGCCUAUCGAAUGCGGCUGUUGUGGAUACGAGCGAAUCGGCUCAAGAAAUUUCGAGACCAACAGACUCUGCAACGGCGGAGGAAGUACUUAUCGAAGCCAUGGAUUCAUUCGGCAACACUGAUCGAUCGCUGUUACAAAGAACCGCUAAGGCGAAUAAUUCCAACGUGUUAGACCAAACUACUAGUAGUUCGUCGGGAUGUGUGUCGGAAGAGUCGACGAACAUAGACGAUAGCAACAAUAACAUCACUAUAAAACUGAAGUUCAUAAAUGACGAUCAGAAAGUAGUCACGGGGAGUCUUAAGGAGAUACUGGGUGAUUUUAAAAGGAGGCACUUUCAAGUAGAGUUGGAAGCGCGUAAAGCAGUGCGAUUAGUAUUCAAUGGCCGCGUGUUGCAGCCCGACACUCAGACCCUCGAGCAGUGCGGCUUGUUCAACGAUUGCGUGGUUCACUGUUGGGUGCAUCAACCGCGACCGGUCGCCGCGUCGUCCGCCACGCUGGAUAACUCGUCGUCCAUUUAUUUCAAUUCGCAGUCUUUCACGGAUCUACCCCACGGCGCGGGGAUAACGCACUCGAUGCACAACGAGUGGGACCUGAGCCGGAUGCUAGUGAGCAUCCUAACGAUCAUCCUGGGUCUCGCGUGGUACUCGCGAUACCAUUACGCUCAACUCUUCACCGCGACGACAACGAUCGCGCUCUACGCGCUCACCGCGAUCUUCACCGUCUCGCUGUUUAGUAAUUUUUUUCCUGAUCAGGAUAACAUUCGAAACGUGGAAUGAUAUGACGACGACGACGACGACGACUAUUACGAUUACUAAGACUACUAAGUUGUAAUUUUAACGAAGGCACCUUAAUACAAAUCGGUAUGAUAUACAUUUUAACGUAUGUGUCACGUAUACCAUAAGUUUAACGGAAUCGAUUGAACGGUAAUCUUCGUCGUCGAGCAUUUUCGAACGUAACACUCUCGAUAACAAUCUCGAGAUCAAGCUUAUCAUUGAUGAUAACAAGUUCACUGCAAUUUGUGAUGUUCAUCUCUCUUGGUGUUAAUCCCGAGGGUGUAAGACACUGCGGAGCAAAGUAACGUGCAAUGCAUAUUUCUACUGAUAUAUAUAUAUACAUAUAUUCUCGGAUUCUGGUUUAUAAUUAAAAUAUUAAUUAAACUCGUUAUACGCAGGAGGCGCUUUAAAUUGUAAUGCAAUGUUUCUUGCAGAAAAUCAAAAAGGAACUUGUUUUAUGGUAACGACAGCAGGUGUGAUCUAACAUACUACAUUGCAUAUAUAUUUAAAAUAUAUAAUGUAUAAUGCAUGUGUUAUAGAUUAUAUAAAGUAUACAGGGUACCCUCCGUUAAAUUUAAAACAAUUUAAUAAGUAAUAAAAGUCAAGGUAAUUACGUCCAAAUGCUACGUUGAGGGUGCAAUAAUACUUAAAUAAUUAGCAAUUCAAGAGUGUCGUUCUCAUCCCGCUUGAAGCAUGUAACUGUAACAGGGGCAAUGAACGUGACGUCUGAAAUAACUCGUGAGUUUUAAACAUAUUGAGAAACUAUUGCAUCUCAACAUUCGUUCAAGCGUAAUUAUUUUUGUUUCCUCUUCUUUUGCUCUUCAUUAAAUACUUUUGAACUUGACGAAAGAUCCUGCAUACCACCAUUGUUCGCAAGAAAUAUUGCUUUGUGAUUCGUAUUACGAGGUUAUUGGAAAAUACUCUGUGCGAUAAAAUAAGUUUCUGUGAAAGUACAGUUUCCUUUGCAAGGUGUACAUAAUUUUGAAAGGAUAACUUUUUCCGUUCAGUUAGGAAAAAAUAAUAGUUAAUUUCUCCAAUUUUCAUUACGACUAAAGUUUAAAUUAUAAAGUGAGAGGAUAUUAUAGAAAUAUUUUCUAUAUGUAAUUAUUUCGUAUUUUCUUCAACUUUCUAGUGCAUUGUAUUGUUGGUGCUGCGUGACUCGUAAACGUUUUGAUUCGCCGAAUUUAUUAAAAUUAUCUUAUGUGCGUUAACUGCCACAUCAGUCAUAUACGAAUACUAUUUGAUCCCACGAAGAACUUCCAGGAAGCUAAACACGGUUUCUUUUCUUUUUUUUUAACCCUUUUUAGAUCGUCAUUCAACGACGCGGCUUCUUUGUCAUUUGUAUUGUAUGAUUAGACUUUCAGAAACGAGGAGGUGCAUUAGUGACGCAUAUGAAAUGGCAGUCGAUGUAUAAAGCACUAUGAAGAUGUGUUAUGUCUAAUAAUGCGUGAAUUGCAGUUACCAUUAGUAUAAAGCGAGUUGAUUUGAAUGGAUUUUGUAUGAUAAGGAGAAAAGAAUUGUCCACGCGCGAUCUCUAAAAUACUUACGUUAUACUUAUUUGUACAUGAGAAACAAUUGCAUAGUAUAUUAAUAAAAUUAAUCUUUUCUAUAAAGAGAAAUUAGGUUACUAAACGGGGAUAUUCACGUCGGAUAGAUGCUGCGAGGAGUAUAAAAGUAGAGGUACAAGUUUCGUCAAAAGUGCUCGUGGCAUAAUAAAAGAACGGGCCAUGUGUGACAGAUUUAUACCUCUCUGACUAGUGUAAUAUAUCAUUUGUUAAAGUUAAAUUAAUAGUUAUAAUAUAUAUACGAUUGUUUUAGUUAAUGCUAAUAAAUGUCUAUUUAUUUGAUACUUUUA